ACUAAUUAAUUAAAUUAGAUUAAUUAAUCAAAUUCUACUUCACAAUUUAAGUUCUUUGAAAUAAAAAAAAUAAUAAAGGGAAACUAUAUAUUAAUAGAUAAUGCUUCGAUUUAUAUUAGAAAUAUAUAAAAAGAGUUAGUAAUAGAUAGAUUGUCUAUGUGGUAAUUAAUUCAUUAAAUUAAGUAGACUUUAAAAAAGUAAAAGAAAAAUAAAAAAAGUAAAAAAUAUUUAAAGCUCUAAUUGAAUCGAUUUAUUAUCUAUUUGAUUAUGGAAAAAAAAGAUAAAGAUAUAGUCAGAGGAUGCUAAAAAUUUAAAGAAAAAUUUAAAUACUAUAGUAAUAGCGAUAAAGAAGCUAUCAUUUUCUUAAAAUUGAGAAAUGAAGGAUGUCCCAGAAAGCCUGCCCUCAGGUUUAGUUCUAAAACUGUAUGCAAAUCAGACUCUACUCGUACUAUAUUUGGUCCUCGAAAUCACAGGAUACUCUAGGUUCAGCAACUACCUAGUUAUUCACUUUAAAAUGGAUGGUUCUAAGGAAAUCUAUACUAUAAUAUGGACAAUGAAUUCAAGCUGAGUUAUAAGGAUAUACUGCAGGAAGAUAUUUAAGAUGAUAACUUGAAAGUUUUAUUUAACAAAAAUGAAGAAUAAGCUAAAGAAUAAUUUAAGAAAAUGUUAUAAAUCACUAAAUAGUAUUUUGAUGAAAUAUCUUAGAUAUGCACUAUUAAUAGAGGAAAUUCUAAAGAAGAAUAUUUAAAGAGUAUUCAAAAUUUUAUUUAGAACACACGCAAGCAACUUAAAACGCAAACAUAUUUUGAAUACAAGAAUAUAAAGUUUUAUUAUUUGUCUAGUAUGUUAUAAUCUAUUUUGGAUAAUGAAAAGAAAUCUUCUGAAGAAAUAGAGAGCAUAAUAUAAAAGUACAAUGUAUUCAACGAUGUUUUAAGAUAGCCAGAUAUUAAAAGUUUAGAUAUCAAGUAAGAAGACAAUAAGAAUAAAGAAUAAUCUUAAUAACUAAUGUCUCCAAGCUCAAAGUCUGGAAAGAAUCUAUUUGGAUUGAGAAAGUAAAAUAACUAAAGCUCAAAGGAAAAAUUACUAAAUACAAGCUUAAGUGAUAAUAGCAUGAUGAUGACUCUCAAAAGCUCACCAAAAGUGGGACUGCUAUAAGGGUCAUCAGAUGAUAUUAAUCUUCCUGAUUUAACUUUGUAAAAUUCUUCACAUUAACAAACAUCUAUAGGACCUUUUGACUAUAUGUCAAGUGAUUCAAUAAAUAGCUAAGAGCGUAUACAAAGCUAAGAAGAUAAAUCUGUUUAUGGAGAUGGUGAUAUGUCACCUAAGAGUUCUACGUAUACUGAUUCCUCAUUUAAAAAGUCAAACAUUAGUUUCAUAAAUAGUGCAGCUCAGCAGCUAAAGCUACUACAAUAAAUGGAUCAAACUAAUUAAGACUUGUUCUCCAAUACUCCAUUGACUAAACUAGAAAGAGUAUAAUUCAUAGAAGGUUCAGCUGAAAGUAAAAGGUUACUUGAGUAAUAAUUUAAUGAUGCAUAAUAUUUUUAUUAAUAUUAAUAGCAAAAUAAUAAAUCAUUUGAUAACAAAAAUCAAAAUAAUCAAAAUAAAAAAAAAGAUGUAAAGAGUAAAGCUAAAAUAUAUACAAAUGAAAAUGUUAGCAGUAAAAAUAAGUAAAUUAGAAAAUUUUAAAGCUUAUUAAAGGUAGAUGCUGAUUUAGAGAAAGAAUUCUUAAAAUUAGCCUAGUGUGAAUAAUAUCAAAUAAAACCUGAAGAUAUUUAAAAAUAAAAUAAUUUUUAAAAUUAAAAGCAAUUAGAAAUUUAGUAACAACCUCCUUCUCCAAAUACUUAAAAAAUGAGUCUUUUUCAAAAGGAUUUUGUUGAAUCGUCUAAAAACAUAGAAAGAAGUAGCAGAAACAAGGAAGAAAAAAUCAUGUUUUCACCUACAAAAAGUUCAUAACAUAUUAAUAGUAGUUAAUAGAAAAUAGAUGUUUUGAAUAAAACAGAUAGUUUUAAUCUAUAAAAGCUUGUUGAAAAAAAAAAAUAAAUGUUAGCUGCUUUUAGGAAGAGAAAUUAUAAGAAUUUAAGCAACUAGUUUCCUUUAAAUUAAGAAGCAAUUAAAGCUCCUUCAAACAUAUACUUUUAAAUUCUUCAAUCAAAACCUGAUAAAUUCUCUCAUUAAAGAAAUCAAACAUACUCAAAUGAUACAAAUUCAUUAUUGUAAACUGCUAAGGUUGAAAAUAAUUUUCCUGUGUAAAAUAAAUUCCCUUAAAAAUAUAUUUAAGAAAAUGAGAAUUACUUUACAAUGAAGAACAAAUAUCAAGCAAAAAAACAUUAAAAAUCUCAAUAAACUUAGGUUUCAGUAACUAGUACAAAAAAUAAUUUUAACAAAUCAACAAAUGAUGAAACAUAGAAAGAUUGUGUAAAGGACUAAAGAGUCAAAACUCAAUCAAGUUAUUUUUUAUAUAAAAAGUAAGAAUAGCAAAGUAGUUAUAUCACAAAUAGUUAGAGACUGUCUUUAUCUAUUAAGUCUAAUAUGAAUAAGACAUAAAAUAUUUUUGAAAAUUUAGAAAGAGCAAGAAAACCAAAAAUUGAUAAUUUUUUCAAUUAAAAAAAAUGA